UAUCUUGUCAGCAAUUCAUGGGAAAACGCAGAUUCUCGAGUGAGCAACUUGAAAGAGGGUUUCGGCGCUUUUCAAACCCAACUGUCUUAUUUGAAAGAAAUUAGCUGUUGAAGUCAGCAAUUCACUAGAGUCCAAUUUUUUGAACCGUGGAGCUAAUCAUUAUUGAAUUCUUCAUAUACUCCACUGGAGCUUUCUGAAUUUUAUCGGACUUCAUCUCUGGUUUUGCUUGCUUGGCCUUUUCUGGGUCUACUUUCUCUCUUUUGCACGGCAUCUCUGCUUCUCCAUAAUUUAAGUAUUCCAUUAGAUCUAUUGUUAGAGAAAGCACACUUUUGAAAUUACCUCGGAAGUAUUCUUGAAAAUUCAUGGUAUGGAUUACAAACUAUCUUAAUUUGGAAGUUUAGCGGAAUUCAUUUCUAUCUUACUGUUAUUCUGGAUAGUGGAUUCAGACAAGCCUAUGACUGUGGAGGAAGCAGUCAACAGCUCCGAGUGGAGCAGGGAGCAAGAUAAGGCAUUUGAGAAUGCCCUUGCAACUUAUCCAGAGGACUCUUUGGAUCGGUGGGAGAAAAUUGCAGCUGAUGUACCUGGGAAAAAUUUGAAAGAGAUUAAAGAACACUAUGAGCUUCUAGAGGAUGAUGUUAACCGGAUUGUAUCUGGUUGUGUGCCUCUCCCACCGUAUAAUUCUUUUGAGGGUUCAACUGGCCAUGCCGGUGAUGAAGGAACUGGUAAGAAGGGAAGCGGCCAUUUAAGUCAUUGUAACAAUGAUUCAAAUCACGGGAGUAAGAACUCAAGGUCGGAUCAGGAACGUCGUAAGGGGAUUGCUUGGACAGAGGAUGAACACAGGUUAUUUCUUCUUGGUUUGGAAAAAUACGGGAAAGGUGACUGGCGAAGCAUAUCUAGGAACUUCGUGGUCACAAGAACGCCAACACAAGUGGCAAGUCAUGCUCAAAAAUAUUUCAUUCGAUUGAACUCCAUGAACAAAGACAGGAGGCGAUCUAGCAUCCAUGAUAUUACCAGUGUUGGCAAUGGAGACAUAGCAUCCCAAGGACCAAUAACUGGUCAAUCAAAUGGUGCUGCAGCUGGAGGUUCCUCUGCAAAAUCAGCCAAACAGACCUCUCAACAUCCCGCUUCACCGCCUGGCGUUGACAUGUAUGGUGCUCUAACUAUAGGGCAACCAAUAGGAGGUCCCCUUGUCUCUGCAGUUGGAAGGCCAGUGAAUCUUCCUGCCUCAGCACAUAUGGGUUAUGGAGUCACAGUUCCUGGUGCACCGAUGAACAUGGGUCCUGCAACAUACCCAAUGCCACAUUCAACUGCUCAUAGUCAUAGGUAAUAUACAGUUUAGGUGCCAAAUAUAAGGACAGAAGACUACUUGUGCAGAUAUUGGGUUACAGGGUUUUCAAUUUUAGCCUGAAUAAGAUAUGCAUAUUUGCAAGCACAAGAUGUGUCUGUUAUUUGUUUAAUCUCUAAAUAAGCCAUAGCAAGAGAAUUUUACAUGUAUCUAUGUAGGCAACUAUGGAAUAGGCUAAUGUUAAAUGUGACAGAUUUAUGGGUAGGACAGCAUUUUGAAAACUUUCUUUUUCUUCCCUUCCCCUUUUUAGCAUUAGAACUAGUCAAUGCUUAGAAAUUGUAUGGCAAAAGCUGUAAAAUAACCUUUUACAUAUUUUGCUAUUAAGAGCAGCUUAUAAUAUAUAUACUCCUGUAUCUAAUGAUUUAAGAA